GACCACUGUGCCCCAGCCAGACGGAGUUCCACUCGCGACCUUCCCGCAGGCGGCGCCAGAGGGCAUUCCCGCCUCGUGACUCCAGUCCAGAGUCCUGCGGGGCGUGGCGAAAGGCGGGCUCUGGCGUCUCUGAGCGACGGAGCGCAGCGACAUUCUCGCCGCCGCAGUACACAUGGACGCACGGACGCACAGACGGGCGGCGGGAACCCCCAGGGCCCUGGCGGAGCGCGCCGGGCGCCGCUGUUGCCUGGGCUGGGACUUUAGCACGCAGCAGGUUAAAGUUGUUGCUGUUGAUGCAGAGUUGAACGUCUUCUAUGAGGACAGUGUGCAUUUUGACAGAGACCUUCCGGAAUUUGGAACUCAGGGCGGUGUCCAUGUACACAAGGACAGGCUGACGGUCACCUCUCCAGUCCUGAUGUGGGUUCAGGCUCUGGACCUGAUCCUGGAGAAGAUGAAGUCUUCUGGCUUUGACUUCUCUCAAGUUCUAGCCUUAUCUGGAGCAGGCCAGCAACACGGAAGUGUUUACUGGAAGACUGGAGCCAGCCUGGUGCUGUCAAGCUUGUCACCAGCUCUCCCAUUACAUCAGCAGCUGCAGAGCUGCUUCUCCAUCAGCGACUGCCCAAUAUGGAUGGACUCCAGUACCACAGCUCAGUGCCACCAGCUGGAGGCUGCCGUGGGUGGGCCCCAGGCUCUCAGCUGCCUCACAGGGUCCCGGGCCUAUGAGCGUUUCACAGGGAGCCAGAUAGCGAAGCUUUUCCAGAAGAACCCUGAGGCCUACUCACACUCUGAGAGAAUUUCCUUGGUCAGCAGCUUUGCUGCCUCGCUGUUCCUGGGUGGGUACUCGCCCAUCGACUACAGUGAUGGGUCUGGAAUGAAUUUGUUGCAGAUCCAGGAGAAAGCCUGGUCCCAGGCUUGCCUGGAUGUCUGUGCUCCCCAUCUGGAGGAGAAGCUGGGCUCACCGGUCCCUUCUUGUUCAGUUGUGGGAGCCAUUUCUUCCUACUAUGUCCAGCGCUAUGGAUUCCUUCCAGGAUGCAAAGUGGUGGCCUUCACUGGGGACAACCCAGCGUCACUGGCCGGCAUGAGGCUGGAGGAAGGAGAUAUUGCGGUCAGCCUGGGCACCAGCGACACCCUGUUUCUCUGGCUCCAGAAGCCCAUGCCUGCCUUGGAAGGCCACAUCUUCUGCAACCCAGUGGAUGCGCAGCAUUACAUGGCGCUUCUAUGCUUUAAAAACGGCUCCCUCAUGAGAGAGAAGAUCCGAGAUGAGUCGGCCUCCUGUUCCUGGAACAAGUUCUCUAAGGCCCUGCAGUCCACGGCGAUGGGGAACAACGGAAACUUGGGUUUUUAUUUCGAUGUAAUGGAGAUCACCCCUGAAAUUAUUGGGCGUCAUAGGUUUAAUGAGGAAAACAUGGAGGUUUCAGCCUUCCCUGGGGAUGUGGAGAUCCGAGCACUGAUUGAAGGACAGUUCAUGGCCAAGAGGAUUCAUGCAGAAGGCCUAGGCUACAGAGUCAUGCCCAAGACGAAGAUUCUGGCCACGGGAGGAGCAUCUCACAAUAAAGACAUCUUGCAGGUGCUUGCAGAUGUUUUUGGGGCCCCCGUAUACGUCAUAGACACCACCAGUUCAGCCUGCGUCGGCUCUGCAUACCGAGCUUUUCAUGGCCUUGCAGGAGGGACGGGUGUGGCCUUUUCGGAGGUUGUGAAGUCAGCACCACAGCCCAGCCUGGCUGCCACCCCCAACCCGGGAGCUUCCCAGGUCUAUGCGGCCCUUCUCCCUCGAUACUCUGCACUGGAACAGAGAAUCUUGUCCACCGCCCAGAGGCCUCUGGAAUGAAUUCUUCCGACCCAGACACCCUGCUGCCUCCCCAGUGGCACCAGUCCUUGUGCUUGGUCUGAACAGCUCGGCUGUGCUCUGUGGAGCGCUCCUGCCCUGUCCUGGACCAUCCUGAAGCCAUGACUCCUUGGAGACACGUGGGCUACAUGUCCUGGGAUGGAAAAGCAAUUUCUCCUUUUCUGUCUUUCAUUCAGGAAAACACUGUAGGGUAUGGCCACCAAAGACAGUCAUGUUCCCCUUUCAGAGGGACCAAAACAGCAGAACAGGGAGAGACAGCCUUUUCCCUGACACUGACCACUCCUCCUUCCUCACCUUCGGCCACCUCCCCCAUCCUGGAACCACCCCCUCCAUCCUUAAACCAGACUAAAGCACUUCUCUCCUGCCUGUGACCUUCUUGUUCCUGUAGGUGUCUUCCCAGGGCUCUCUUCUCUCUGCCUGUCUCCUCCUUCAUCUUCCCUCCCUAUAUGUACCUUGGGUAACUUCCCACACAAGACGACCCUCAUUGGCCUGGUGAAUCUCCUUCCUCCCCUCCCCCUUCUCUGCCAUAGAGACUGCCUGACUGGGGUUUCCCGGGUAACCUGGAUGGACAUCUCCUAGGCUAAACACUUCCCAGUUCACACGAUGACAUAAUUGUGUGUUUCGUGAAGUUUCUAAAUUCUGGCUUUCUUUUUCUUUUGUUUCUUUGGAGCCAGAGAUGACCUUAAGCGUAUGAUCUUCCUGUUGCCCUCCCCCAAGUGUGCGCCACCACACCUGGUUUAUGCAAUAUCAGGGAUCGAACCCAUGCACUCUAGGCAGGCACUCUACACCCAGCUUGGGUUUCCUUUUUACUUGGCAUACUUUGUGACUCUCACUUCUGCACAUCCUACUAUGUUUGAGCUGUGUCCUCCCUCUCCACCCCGUUUUACUUCUCCUCACUCCCAGAUCACCCCCAAAGUUUUCCUCUGCCACAAGGCCAGGCUGAACUCAGGACCACUGGAUCUGACAGGUGGCAAGAUCAGAUGUUGCAGACAGGUGUGAGACCAGGAUCAGAGCAGUGACUACUGGGAAAUCAAAAGGACAGAGCACAGAUGGAAAGAGAGUUGUGUGUAGACAUGAGGUCACUUGGAAGGCUCCGCCUGUGAGCUGGGGGGAGAAGCAACAAGUGGCCAUCUUGCCCACAGCAAACCCACUGCGCAGAAGGAAACGGUCGUUGGGAUGUUGCUUCUUACAGAGGGUUUACACUACCAACCAACUGCAAAGGCAUCUGGGACCACAAAACAGUUAACCAGGACGACAUUCCAACAGAUCCUACAAUAAGUCAGACAAUUGUGGAUGAAAAAGGCCACCGUAAGUGACAACUUAAAAAACAAAUCCAAAUGGAAACACAGCAAGCUUAUGUGAGAAGACACUGAUCCCUAAACAGAAGGAUAGACCGUGACUGAUCCAGAGACCUGGCAGGAAGUUCAGGGAGGCGCCAGGAAAGAAGGGAGGAGAGUAAAGACAAGAUCCCCGAUGAUAUUUAGGACUUCCCAAAAUAAACAAAACUUUGAAAACACCUAAAA